AUACGCGUUUUGCGUACGUAAGCCUACGUUACGAGCAUAUCAUAUUAGCUUAUCUAUACAAUCAACUACAUAGUUUAGGAACUAUUUCAAAAUUAAGAAAACGCUGAACAGCACGCGUCCAGACCAGAUGAACUUUGUACCUACGCAUAUGUUCAUUGAUUGAUUAGCUGUGAUUAGCUAACAUCUUAAUCUCUGGUGAAAGCUUUGUGAACUCUUGUGUCUCAAAAUGCUCCCUCGGAACGUCCAAACGAUACGCAGACUUAAUGUGUUAAAAAGAAUUUUAAUGAACGGUAGUACUGGGAGCAGCAACUUUAUAGGAACUCCAUAUUGGUUCCGGCAUAGUUCCACCGGAGCCACUAUUCGAAUAGACGACGUAGAAAAGCAGAUUGAAUCACCUAAAAAACCGGAGCUUGUGCCCAAUGGGUACGUCAAAGUUGCAGAAGAUGGCGAAGCUCAGUUAUCGCAAACACGACUACAUCAUUUACGCUGGAUGCUGCAGAAGGAUAAUCUUGGCCAAGAUAUGAUAUUGCUGGGGAGACCGGGCAGUCUGCGAAGAAACUUGAUCAUGCAGUACUCCGAAUUGACACAACGAGAAGUAGAAUACAUUUUGCUCAAUCGAGACACUACCGAGAGUGAUCUGAAACAACGGCGAGAAAUAGCGAAUGGAACCGCUACAUACUACGACCAGAGCGCAGUAAGGGCAGCUACCGAAGGUCGCAUUCUGGUUAUUGAAGGUGUAGAAAAAACGGAACGAAACGUUCUGCCAAUUUUGAACAAUUUGCUAGAGAAUCGGGAAAUGCAUUUGGAAGAUGGCCGUUUCUUGAUAUCAGCCAAGAAUUAUGACAGUUUGCUUGAGCGAUUCAAUAUAGAUCAGUUGGACAAAUGGGGAUUGGUUAGGGUUUCUGAAAAUUUCAGAGUAAUUGCUCUUGGGCUUCCAGUACCAAAAUAUCGCGGAUCACCGCUUGAUCCACCUCUGAGGUCCCGAUUUCAAGCAAGAGAUGUCAGUGAUUUGCCUUACAUAGACCAUCUCAACGAAGUAAAAAUUCUUGCAGAGCAACAGAGUACAGAGGUUUUAACAAAGCUCACCUCAUUCGGUUUCAGUGUGCUAUCAUCCGCUUCUACGCUACCCGAUUUUCCAAUUGAUAAUCUGCGAUAUGCUGGAAUGUUAGUUAAUAACAAUCCACUGAUGUCUGAAUUUAGUCUACUUACUCGAUUUUAUCCGUAUUCUGUAUUUCUUGAAAAAGAAGGUAUCGAUCUUACAAAAUCUCUAAUGGAGUCGCUAAAAAUUGUACCUGAACAAGUAGCGUCAACAAAAAUUAUUGCAGUGGAAAAAGCAGGCGAAGAAUCACUAUCCAUAAACCUGAAAGUAAAUACAAAACCCGUGAGCUUUAAAUUGCAGAAAGGCAGAUCAGAUAGCGAGAACUUACCGACCGCAUACAAGGACACGAAUUACCAACAAAAUUUGUUGGCAGAACUGAUUCAAUCCGUGGCAGUUGGCGAUAUUUGUUUAAUUGGCCCCAAAGGGUGCGGAAAAUCGAUUUUGGUAAAUGAACUCUGUCGUCUACUGGACCAGCAGGCAGAAACUAUGGUCCUGUAUCAGGACAUGACGGCACGCGAUUUGAUACAAAAACGUACGACCAAACUGAACGGUGACACAGUUUGGCAGGACUCACCCUUGUUGCUAGCUGCUUUAAGUGGUCACGUAAUAGCCUUGGAUGGAAUACACCGGUUACAUCACAGUACGCUAGCUAUCCUGCAUCGGCUUGUCCACGAUCGAGAGAUGCAACUAUACGACGGUAGAAGGAUUAUGCGGCACGAUCGAUACGACCGCUUACUUCAGUUAGGAUUCACCAAAGCUGAUUUAACUUCCCGUGGAAUAUAUCGAAUUGAUCCGGCAUUUAGAGUAAUAGCAAUGGCUGAGCCACAUCAGAAAACAGGAACAAACUGGAUUACGUCGGAGACACUGAACUUAUUUCUUUUUCACGAAAUACGCGGGUUAAACAAAGAUGAGGAGUUUGCGGUCAUUGAUUCUUUAUUCGGCCCACUAGAUAAUACGAUGCAUCAAAUUCUUCGAUUUUCUCAUUACUUACGAGAUUCAAAGGAUAGUACUAUGGAAAAUUUAGCAAGAAACCUUUCCACUAGACAAUUACUGCGAAUAGCUCGUCGGUUACACGAAUAUGGAAAGCUCCUGUCCGAUUGUACCGCUUAUAAUAUCUUACAUAAUACAUUCCUUACUAAAUUCAUGCCAAAUCUCCCGAGAAGUGUGCUGGAAAACGCUCUUCGUAAAUGCGAUAUCGUAUCCGUAAGAGAGCGUCACGAAGAAGACAUUGCCAUCUCUACAGAAGGCGGAGUUCUGCGAAUCGGACAAACUAGAGUACCAAUUUAUCAAACUGAUGCUAUUAGUAAAGUACCCGAUAUUGUGUUUUACAAUGUACCACAGCACGUUAAACUCAUGGAACGGCUAUUGCAAGACUUCACUCUUGGUGAACACUUGCUAUUGGUUGGAAAUCAGGGAGUUGGGAAAAACAAAAUCGCCGACCGUUUAUUACAGUUAAUGAAUAGACCUCGAGAAUACAUUCAACUACAUCGAGACACAACCGUACAAUCACUAACCUUGCAGGCAAGCAUACGAGAUCGAAUAAUAAUAUACGAAGAUUCACCACUGGUGAAGGCUGUCAAAAAUGGACACGUGUUGGUAGUUGACGAAGCAGAUAAAGCUCCGAUCCACGUGACCUGCAUCCUUAAGACCUUAGUCGAGAACGGAGAAAUGAUGUUAUCCGAUGGUCGUAAAAUUUGCCCUCCUGCUCGGAGUAAACCUUCUGAAAAUGAUAAGCUGAUAUACACUCACCCGGAUUUUCGGAUGAUCGUUCUAGCGAACCGACCGGGCUUCCCUUUUCUUGGAAAUGAUUUUUUCGCUGCACUCGGAGAUUUAUUCUCUUGCCAUGCAGUCGAUAAUCCUUCACCAAGUUCAGAAAUUUACCUGCUGAAGCAGUACGGACCCCAUGUGCCUGAUAAAACAAUCCGCCAACUUGUAGAUGCCUUCUCGGAGCUACGGGACAUGGCUGACAGUGGGAUCCUAAAUUAUCCUUAUUCCACUCGGGAAGUAGUAAACAUUGUCAAGCAUUUACAAAAAUUUCCACGUGACAACAUGGCAGAACUAGUUGGAAACGUACUAGAUUACGAUCGUUAUACUCCCGAAACCCUGGAUCAGGUUACAACUGUAUUGUUGAAACACGGGCUCGAAAUUGGACCAUACGCACAGAAUGAACUGGCUGUACUUAGACGACAGAAAGAGAUUCAGAUGACAAUCAAGAGCAAUAGUGGGAAAGAUGUGUCCGGACCGAAGCAUGGGAAAGUUGACCCUAACAAUGCACCUCAUGUAGGAGGCAAUACUUGGGCUGGUGGCACCGGCGGUCGCGAUACAGCUGGACUGGGCGGAAAAGGAGGCCCUUAUCGUUUAGAUGCUGGCCACAAAGUUCAUCAGCUUUCGGACGCUGAAAAAGACGACAUUCCAGAGCACGUAAAACUUGCAGCGCGAGAAAUGAACCGAAAAGCAUUCGAGCAAAAACUUAAGGAGAUUCAGAUGAGUCAAUAUGAUCACAAAGUUUACAUGGAGUUUGCUGGACCGGUAAAAAAACAGGUACAACAACUAAGGGUAAUUCUGCAAGCGCUGCAGGCAAAAAGUAAAGAACGUCAAUGGCAGAAGCAUCAGACAUCCGGUGAGAUGGACGAUACAAAAAUGGUAGAAGGCAUUACGGGCGAAAAGAAUAUAUACAAGAAGCGUGUUGAACAGGAUCCGGAGCCUGGCCAACCUCAGGAAAAGCCAAAACGUCUUAAGCUGGUUGUUGACGUUUCGGGUUCGAUGUAUCGAUUCAAUGGGUACGAUGGUCGGUUGGACCGACAACUAGAAGCAGUAGUGAUGGUGAUGGAGGCUUUCGAUGGAUUCGAAACAAAAAUCAAGUACGAUAUUGUUGGUCACAGCGGCGAAGCUGUAGAGAUUCCAUUCAUCAACGUGAGUAAUCCGCCUAAGGACGACAAACGGCGGUUGGAUACGAUCAAGAUGAUGCAUGCCCAUUCGCAGUUCUGCUGGAGUGGAGAUCAUACGUUGGCAGCAACUAAGAACGCAGUAGAUUCUAUGUCGAAGGAAGAAUGCGAUGAAGCGAUCGUGGUGGUGCUAAGUGAUGCCAACCUGUCGCGAUACGGAAUAUCACCGAAAAAUUUGAACGAUAUGCUCCAGAAACAGUCGCCGAAGGUGCAGGGGUACGUUAUCUUUAUUGGAAGUCUGGGUGAUGAAGCACAACUAAUCACCAACAAUAUGACUGCCGGUAAAAGCUUUGUUUGCAUGAAUUUGGAGCAGUUGCCGCAAAUUUUAAAACAGAUAUUCACUGCUUCGGUGUUGCAAUAGGUUUUUUGAAACUACAACGGAUAGUUGGAAAAUCUAUCGCAGGGAUUUAUUAUUAUGAAUUUGUUGAAAGUAAUUUUAGGAAAUAUAGUCAA